AUGGCGGCGCCGGCGGGGCGCCAGGUACCGGCAGCCCUCGAGGGGAGGCGCAGGCGGCGUCCAGGGACCGCGCCCGGCCCGGGAGGCGUUGCAGCGCCCGCCCUUGCCGCUGCUGGAGAGCCUCCGAGCGCCGGGCGUCCAGGCGCGCUGGGGAUGCGGGAGCCGAGGGGGCGCCGGCGGGGGGAAGGGAAGGGGGACCCCCUCCUCUGCAGCGGGGCCCGAGGGCCUUGAUCCAGAUGGGCCGUGGCGCUCCAGCGUCUCCUCCGGUGGAGAGCGGGCGACCUUCUGUUGGGGGGCAGCAGGGAUGCCAAAUGGAUUAAAAUAUUGGGGGGUGACCAGGUAAGCCCCACUCCAGGACAGAUGGAUUUCUCUAGCCAAGAGAGUUACUGAGAUUGAGGCCUGCCUGAGCUCUGGGCUCCUAAUCUAUGGGGAAAGCCGCUCUGCCCAUGCUCAGGAGCACCAUUUCGUUUAUCUUUGGCCCCUCUUGUUAACUGUUGCUUCCCUUGCUCUGGGGCCGAAGCCCUGCCCUGAAAACAAGGCAGGGUCCAGAAUCCAGUUGCAAGGGAGGAGAUUCUGACUAAACCUUUUGAAGGCCAGACCAGAAGGGGCUCCCUUGGAGGUGGUGGACUCCCAUUCCUUGGGGGCUUUUAAGCAGAGGUUGGGUGGCCAUCCCUGCAUGCUUGUUGAGGUUCCUGCCUUGCAGCGGGUUGGUCUGGAUGACCCUCAGGGUCCCUUCCAACUGUACAGUUCCUUGAUCUACAGGGGUUGUGCCAAGGGGUUCCACAGCUCCUGGCCCUGUGUGUUCCAGGGGGUCCGUGAACCCCCCUCGUGUCACGCCAUGGAAAGAGAUUUCUCUAAGGAGUCAGGUCCCCCUUUUCUUUCUUUCUCUCAGCUUCCAGUGACCUUUGAGGAUGUGGCCGUCUAUUUCUCCCCAGAGGAGUGGCCCCUGCUGACGGACUGGCAGAGGGACCUCUACUAUGAUGUCAUGCAGGGCAACUUUGAGCUGGUGGCUUCACUGGGUGAGCAUCUUGGGGGCAAAGCAUCUUCAGGGCCCCACGGCCAGCGUUAGAAACAGGUGAAACUCGGAAAAUUAGGAUAUCAUGGAGAAGUUCAUUUAUUUCCGUAAUUCAACUUAAAAGGUGAAACUAAUAUAUGAGAUAGACUCAUGACAUGCAAAGUGAGAUAUGUCAAGCCUUUAUUUGUUACAAUUGUGAUGAUUAUGGCAUACAGCUGAUGAAAACCCCAAAUUAACAGUCUCAGAAAAUUAGAAUAUUAAAUGAAAUCAGCAAAACAAGGAUUGCAAAUAGAGCAAUAUUGGACCUCUGGGAAGCAGAAGCAUGCAUAUGUACUCAUAUGUACUUGGUUUGGGCCUCUUUUGCAUCAAUUACUGCCUCAGUGCAGUGUGGCAUGGAUGCUAUCAGCCUGUGGCACUGCGGAGGUGUUAUGGAAGACCAGGAUGCUUCAAUAGCAGCCUUCAGCUCUCCUGCAUUGCUCGGUCUCAUGUCUCUCAUCUUUCUCUUGGCAAUGCCCCAUAUGGGGUUCAGGUCAUGCGAGUUUGCUGGCCAAUCAAUCACAGUAAUCCCAUGGGCAUUGAACCAGGUUUUGGUACUUUUGGCAGUGUGGGCAGGUGCCAAAGUCCUGCUGGAAAAUGAAGUCAGCAUCCCCAUAAAGCUCAUCUGUGGAAGGAAGCAUGAAGUGCUCCAAAAUCUCCCAGUAGACGGCUGUGUUGCCCUGGACUUAAUGAAGCACAGUGGACCAACACCAGCUGAUGACAUGGCUCCCCAAAUCAACACAGACUGUGGAAACCUCACACUGGACUUCCAGCAUCUGGCAUUGUGUGCCUCCCCAUUCUUCCUCCAGACUCUGGGUCCUUGGUUUCCAGAUGAGAUGCAAAAGCUGCUCUCAUCAGAAAAGAGAUUUGGAGAAAUCUAUUAUUAUUAUUAUUAUUAUUAUUAUUAUUAUUAUUAUUUAUUCAUUUAAUUUUUAUACCGCUUUAUAUUUGAAAGAAAAACAACCUCAAAGCGGUUUUACAACCCAUUAAAACAUUGAGCGUAAAACAAAUUCACACUUCGAGGAAAUUAUUUCUGAUCCUUCUCUAAGUGACAUUUUGCUUUCCCCAUACAGUCGUACCUUGGAAGCCGAACGGAAUCCGUUCCAGAAGUCUGUUUGACUUCCAAAAUGUUUGGAAACCAAAGUGCCGCUUCCGAUUGGCUGCAGGAGGAAGCUGCGUCGGAUGUUCGGGUCCCAAAGAGCCUUCGCAAACCUGAACACUCACUUCUGGGUUUGUGAUGUUCAGGAGCCAAAACGUUCGAGUUGCAAGGCGUUCGGGAUCCAAGGUACAACUGUAUUUAUUUACCUAAAUUUAUAAGACUGCCCCAUCGCAGGCGCUCUAGGAAGCCAGGGUGGAGCAGUGGUUAGAGUCUCGGAUGAGGACCUGGGUUUGAAUCCCCACCGGGCCACGAAGCUCUCCCUGGGUGGUGCUGGAGCCAGACGCAGCCUCUUAACCCAGGGAUUAACUGUGGGGGUGUGGGGGGUGUGGACCAUGGGAUAUGAAUGCAGACAUGGAAAAUGUUAAUGCUCAGAGUAAUGGAGGUACCUCAAACGUCAUCAAGGCCAGACCCAUUGAUGCGUAAGACCCACUGCUGAGGCCUGCCUGAGAAGAGACAAUGGAAGCUUUGCUCGAAAGCCUCUGGCAAGGGAGACUCUGCCCCUUUUCCCAGGGAUGGAAAUGUGGAGAUGUGUGUUUAAAAAGCAGCAGUCAUGGAUUUUGCAAUUUACUGCAUCCCAGUUGGGGCCUCUCCUCUUUUUGAAUAUUUCCCUGGUCGGGGUGAUUUGUGACCUCUGCCUAUUACCAGCGUGACAAAUCUGUUUCUUUCUAGCUGUUGCAUGUGUACCCCAACUUUUUCGUCAAGGAGCUCCAGGUGCUGUAUGUUUUUUUUAAAAACAAAAACAAAGGGGCCAUACUCUGUUUUUAUUUGCUAAUUACAUACAUUUUAUUGUUAUUUUUAACGCUUAAACAACACAGAAUAAAAAUAAACACGAGAACAUAAAAAGGAGACAGGCAUACUACAUCACUAUAAGAUUCACAGUUACAAUUCCAUAGAGUUUAAUCUAAUACAGUGGUGCCCCGCAAGACGAAUGCCUCGCAAGACGGAAAAACCGCUAGACGAAAGGGUUUUCCGUUUUGAAGUUGCUUCGCAGGACGAAUUCCCCUAUGGGCUUGCUUCGCAAGACGAAAAUACCUUGCGAGUCUUGAGGUUUUUUUCGCUUUCCCCCUUUAUCUAAUCUGCUAAGCCUUUAAUAGCCUUUAAUAGCCUUUUAGCAGCUAAUCCCUAAGCCUUUAAGCUUUUAAUAGCCGCUAAACCGCUAAUAGCGCUAAUAGCGCUAAUCCGUCAAUGGGCUUGCUUCGCAAGACGAAAAAACCGCUAGACGAAGACUCUCGCGGAACGGAUUAAUUUCGUCUUGCGAGGCACCACUGUAUAUAGAUAUUAUCCAAGUAGAUAUAUAUUUAUUUUUAACCUUGCUAUAUUUUGUAUAAAUGUGCUCCAAUGUGAGGUUGAGAGGGAGUAACUGGCCCAAGGUCACACCCAUUGAGUUUCAUGGCUGAGUGGGGAUUUGAACCCUGGUCUCUGUCUCCAGGGCCCCAGUCUGACGCUCUAACCACUGCUCCACACUGGCUGCCUUAUGAACAAGGAACAUGGGAGGAAGUCCCUUACUGGGCAAAGUGCAAACCCCUCAUCCUCACUUGCCCAUCUGCAAAAUGGGAAUAGCAGUGGCUUACUUCGGAGGAGCUGGGCGUUGAAGGAAAGAACAUCUGAAAAGAGUGAGAUAAGUCAACGGCCUUAUAGCUAUUGGAGCUGAGAUUCCCGCAAGAGGUUUUGGGGCCUGAUGUUCAAAACAGAUGUAAAGUGGUACCUCAGAAGUCGGACGGAAUCUGUUCCGGUAGUUUGUUCAAAUUCCGAAAACAUUCAGAAACCAAGGUGCAGCUUCCGAUUGGCUGCAGGAAGCUCCAAUUGGAAGCUGCGUCGGAUGUUUGGGUUCCAAAGAGCCUUCGCAAACCAGAACACUCACUUCUGGGUUUGCGGCGUUUGGGAGCCAAAACGUUCGAGUUGUAAGGUGUUUGGGAUCCAAGGUAUGACUAUAUUUAAGGAGAAACCGGAGUGUGCACAGGUGCAGUUUCCUGGAUACUGUCUGUGCAGGGAAAGUAUGCGCAGGAGAGAAUUCCACUGCCAGUCCCAAGGAGGACUCUUCUGCUCAGGUCUUCCUGGCGGUGGCUACUGGGAGGUGUAGUCCACAGUGCCUGGACAGCACCAGGCUGACAAAGGCUGCCUUUAAGUGCACACACUCAAGGUGGAAAACCUGCCCUGCCUCAGAGGCGAACGGAGGGCAGAGCGACUGGUUCUGUCCCCCUGGGGCACUGCAGGGCAUCACAGCUAUGAUAUAGUGAGUGCAGCAGAAUGGAAGGCGAGAGGAAGGGGGCUCCGAAUUCUGGCUUCGUACAGGGUGGCCCUGGAAUUUGAAAGACCCAAGCCUGCCCACGCCAGGAGCUCCUGCACCCCUGGAAAGGCAGGGUUUCCUUUUGUCCAUUCUCCUGCUGCUAUCAAAGGCUGACCUUUCUUUGCUGUCUGUCUGCACACAGAAGCUGUUCCUCCCAGACCGGAGCUUCUGUCCCGGAUUGAGCGAGGGGAAGAGCCCGGCAUUGUGGGUCGCCCUGGGCAAGGGGACAGAGACACCCAGGGGGGUGCCAGUUCCGGUGAGUAUAGAAUCCUAGAAUUGUGCUGCUAGAAGGGACCCCCGGGGUACCUGCAAAGAAGGAAUCUCAGCUGAAGAAUCCCUGAGACAGAUGUCCAACCAAGAGGGCCAGAUUCAGAAUUUAGAGGCCAUAAUAAUAAUAAUUUAUUUAUACCCAUCUGACUGGGUUGCUCCCACUACUCUGGGCAACUCCCAACAAAAUAUUAAAAACACGAUAAAACAUCAAACAUUAAAAACAUCCCUAAACAGGGCUGCCUUCAGUAUCUUCUAAAAGUCAGAUAGUUGCUUAUUUCCUUGACAUCUGAUGCGAGGGCGUUCCACAUGGUGGACGCCACUACAGAGAAGGCCUGACUGGUUCCCUGUAAGCUCACUUCUCACAGGGAGGGAACCACCAGAAGUUCCUCAGAGCUGGAGCUCAGUGUCUGGGCAGAAGGAUGGGGAUGGAGACACUCCUUCAGGUAUACAGGACCGAGGCUGUUUAGGCCUUUCAAGGUCAGCACCAACACUUUGAAUUAUGCUUGGAAAUGUACUGGGAGCCAAUGUAGGUCUUUCAGGACCGAUGUUAUAUGGUCUUGGUGGCCGCUCCCAGUCACCAGUCUAGCUGCUGCAUUCUGGAUUAGUUGCAGUUUCUGGGUCACCUUCAAAGGUAGCCCCACAUAGAGCACAUUGCAGUAGUUCAAGCGGGAGAUAACCAGAGCAUGCACCACUCUGGUGAGACAGUCUACGGGCAGGAAGGGUGUCAGCCGGCGUACCAGAUAAGGCUGGCAGACAGCUGCCCUGGACACAGAAUGGACCUGCGCUUCCAUGGACAGCUGUGAGUCAAAAUGACCCCCAGGCUGCGUACCUGGGAGCCCCCAUACAGAUCUCAUUCAACUUACAAAUGAUAAUAAACUGUAAAAUAAAACUGUAUUUUUCAAAAUGAAACAAAACCUACAAUAGGAUGAAAAACAAUGUUUGUUUUGCUAUACUUCCACCAGGGGCAAGCAACCUAAGACCCAAGGGCCGAUGUGGCCCAAUCGCCUUCUCAAUCUGGCCUGUGGAUGGUCUGGGAAUCAUUGUGUUUUUACAUGAGUAGAAUGUGUGCUUUUAUUUAAAAUGCAUCUCUGUGGUGCAUAGGAAUUCCUUCAUUAUUUUUCCCCCAAAAUAUAGUCUGGCCCCCCAGAAGGUCUGAGGGACGGUGGACCGGCCCAUGGCUGGAAAAGGUUGCUGACCCCUGAUUCCGCUUUAUUUAUAUUUGGAAAAAAAUCUCUUCCUUUUUCUAAUUGCUCAGAUCCCGAAAACUAAUCACAUACCUGCUUCUAUACUUAGUAGAGAUCUAGGCACCCGGCCUGCCCUGUGGCAGAGUUGCUUCUGUUGGGAUUUUUAAUAGACUUCAAGUGAGAACGCUAACGCUCCACUGAGCAAUUUGUGACCAUUGAUGUUAGAAAUCUGGCAGGGGAAAUUUUCCGUGGUGCCUCCCUUUCCCUUGACGCAGGUGCUCAUUUUGCUUCAUUUUGGCAACCAACCUCUCUUUUAAAACCCUCCAAUGAAUCAUUGGAAAAGCAGCCAGAGUCCUGGGCUGGAUGGGCCAAGGUUCCACCCUCCAACCUUUCUCCAGGGAAAUAGGGACAUUCCGUUCUGCGGCAGGAAGCCUUCUCCUGCGUUUGAUCUGGUGACGCACCCAGGCGUCCUCCUUGACUCAGAGGCAUCGGUCACCUUGAACCAAGGACAACCUCACCUUCCUCGCAGGAGUGUUGUAAAAAAAACAUGUGCAAGGGAAGGGAUCAUUUACAACACCUUCCACAGAUCAAUGGAAUAAAGAAAAGCCCGUUAGGAAAAUCAUCAUCAUCAUCACUGAAACACUGGGAAUAUUCAGGAACAUACCAGAGAGUAAAUCUUACUGAACUCAAUGGGAUUGCAGUGUAAGGAUGCCCAGUCUUGACCCCAUUACCUGGGAGUCAGCUCCAUUAAAAACAGUGGGAUUACUUCUGAGUAAACAGAGCAGUUCCGAAGGAAUAAACACUCCCUGCGUUUCCUCAGAAAUGUCUGGCUGUGGAAGCAACGCAGUGAAAGAAUUUAAAGUAGUUUGGUGACCUUUUCCUUCAAAAUUGUAGGGAGGGUUUCUUAUGCCAACUUCACCCUUCAUUCAGUGCAGGGAUUUUAUUAUUGGUAUAAACAGAAUUCUAUUUUUGCACCUACACACACCACUUUUUGAGCGGGUGGAAAAAGGAAAAACAGGACAUUCUAGGAUCAAAUCAGAAUUUGGGACAGCUUCUGCAACUCUGGGACUGUUCCUGGAGAACCAGGACACUUGGAGGGUAUGUGGCGGCCUGAUCCAGCAGGUCCUCCUUAUGUAGGUUUUAUGUAUUCGACUCCAUUCCCAGACUUGGGUUUUGCACCUUCUCCUCCUUCUUCCCGCAGGAGAGUCGAGGAUGAGCUGGCCGGAGUUGGCGAUGAAGGAGGAGCCGAGGGGGGACUGGAACCCGCCUGCCUCCCCUCCCUGGUCCCUUUCGGGACCCCAGUUCCUUGCCCUCCAAGAGCUGUGUCCCACGUGGUGCCAGGUGGAGCUGACGAACAUCCGGAGCCUCGCCCAAGAGGGGCCUCUGGAGACGGGCGCGCUGCAGGAGCCCCAGCUGCUGAUCUGUGGCGACUGUGGGAGGAGCUUUGAGGACGGGGGCUCCCUGGCGGACCACCAGGCCACCCACGAGGAGCAGAAGGGUCCCUUCGCCUGCUCUUCCUGCGGGAAGCUCUUCCUCUACCGCCUCAACCUCCUGACCCACAAGAGGCACCGGGCGAAGCCUCAGCUUGCCUGCGCCGCCUGUGGCCUCCGCUUCUGCCUCAAGGGGGACCUCCUGCGCCACCGGGCCAGCCACGCGGCCAAGGAACUCUACCCUUGCGGCACUUGUGGCGAGGUCUUCCAGCGCAAGGCCCACCUGCUGGCCCACGAGGCGGUGGAGCAUGCUGGGAGGGCGGGCCGUGACUGCCCUGAGUGCGGGGAGGCCGUGGGCGGGGAGGCGGAGCUCGCGCAGCACCUGGCAGCGCACCACGAGGAGCGCCGACCCUUCGCCUGCGCCUUGUGCCCGGAGACCUUCAGCUGGAAGGAGGGCCUGCGGCUGCACCAGCGGGCGCACGCCCAGGAGGGGGGCCACCGCUGCCCAGACUGCGGGAAGAGCUUCAGCCGCCGCGGGAACCUCCUGACCCACCAGCGCCUGCACACCGGGGACCUGCCCUUCGCCUGCUCCGAGUGCGGGCGCGCUUUCCCCACCAACGUCGCCCUUGUGGCUCACAGCAAGAUGCAUCUCCGGGGCAAGACUUUCGCCUGCCAGCAGUGCGGCGGCUGCUUCCGCUCGCGGGAGAAGCUCCUCCAGCACCAGAGCCACCACAACGGGCGGCCGGAGGAGGACGGGGUCAAGGAGGAGGGCGAGGCGUAAUGCCCCCGUUCUGCCUGUAGGUGGAGCAAGCCAGACUCGGGGAAUCUCUUCUCUCUCUCUCUCCAUUAUCUCGGACUUGUCAUAAAUCUGUUUUUCAAAAACGCACCUUGACUGGUUUGUUUUGUUUGUUGUCUCUGCCUCCCACCUUCUUCUUUAAAAAAAAUAUUAAAAAACAUUCAUUUUUCUUUUUCAUUCAUCUCCAAUUCUUAACAUUUUCUAUAUAAUCCUCCCUCCCUUCCAGGGCUUCCCCCAACCUCCGCUUCUGGUUUGUUUCUCUUUUCACCCACUUUGCUGUCUCCUAAGAGAAAAAAAUAUUAAUAACAUAACAUCCAGCCUAAAAACAAAAAAUAGAAGUAAAUACACCAUAAUAUUUCACCAUCUUCUAAACAUUUUCUAAUACUAAUAAUGUAAAUGUUUAUUUAGAUCCUGCCAGCAAAUCUAUUGACUUUCUUUGUUCCUUCAAAUAUGGUUCCCAUUCUUUUUCACUGUCGUCUCUUUCUCUUAAUCUGUCUGUCAUUUUUGCCAGUUCUGCACAGUUCAUCAUCUUCUCUCCGUUGUUCUUUAGCUGGUACUUCUCCAGCCUUCCAAUUUUGUGCAAUCAACAUUUUUGCUGAUGUGGCGGCAUUUGGCUUCCCGCCUUCGUUCCAAGCUCAGGGUUCUCCUCUGUGAAGGGGCUCAGGAUGAGAGAAGGCAGGGACCGGCUGCCAAGGUCACGCCCAGGGAGCUCCAUGGCCAAGUGGCCGGAUUUGAACCCUGCUCUCUCCCAGGCCGACCCUCUGGAGCACAAUAUCACACCACCUUGCAUGUUCACCUGAGGUCCUUGGGGGGCUGGGUGGGGCCUGGUGGGGGGAAGGUGGGGUCCAGAGAUGCAGGGAGCCUUGUGCCCACCAAAGACCUCCAGGGGUGAUCGCAUUUCCUCUUUAUGCACCCCAAGGUGUAUUGCAACGUCAUCCUUCCAAGGCGAGUGUUCUGGGCAGCUGUGGAGGGUUAUUGCACAUCUUCCAAGGGGCCUCUCUGUGCCUUUUUGCUCCUUUGGGGAAAACGUGUGAUAUCACAGAGGAAAUCUGUAAUAAAAGAACCCACUGCUGCCUUUGCCAGUGCUUCUAAUAUUGGAUAGCUUUAGCCGACUCGGGAAACAAAGGUUUUUGCAGGAAAUACAUACUGUUUCUCGUGCAUUUUGCGAUCGCUCGGGAGCCAAGUGCCAAAGGGAAGACUUGGGCCAAUUUUGUAGAAACUUAAGAGUUGGGACACCCAGGGUCAUCUAGUCCAACCCCUGUCAUGCAGGACUCUCAAGCAAAGCAUCCCUGACAGAUGGCCAUCCAACCUCUGUCUAAAAAGCUCCAGUGGAGGAGAGUCCGCCAUUUUCAGAGGGAGACCGUUCCACCGGCAGAAAGAUCUUCCUGCUGUUUAGUCUGAAUCUCCUUUCUUGUGAUUUUAAUCCAGCGGUUCUCAACCUGUGGGUCCCCAGAUGUUGUUGGACUACAACUCCCACCAUCCCUGAGCUCUGGCCUUGCUAGCUAGGGAUGACGGGAGUUGUAGUCCAACAACUGGGGACCCACAGGUGGAGAACCGCUGAUCCAUUGGUUAAGGGUCCUGCUCUCUGGAGCGGCAGAAAGAAGGCUUGCUCCAUCUUCCAGGCGACAGCCCUUCAGACGGGGGUGCAAACUUGAAUAUUUUAUUGGGGGGCCGAAGGGACCCUGGCCCCUAGGACUUGGCUCCUAUGCCUUCAGAUAUUUGAAGAGGGCUAUCGAAAGAAUUGCAGCUCUUCCAGGAGAUCAGUGGAGAAGUGAACCUGUUUUUGGACUUCCGUCCCGGCAGCACCAGCCGUGUCCGGGGGUUGUAGUCCAGCCCCAUUUGGAGGGUGACGCCUGGAACAGACCCUGCCCCUCCCAUCAAAUACCCAGGUGUGUUGGAAAACCUGUCCCCCUACCCUGGCCCAGUGCCAUAAAAAUAGAGAGACAGGCGAGGCCAUCUUACUGGAUGGAGGGAGUUGAGACCUGGACCGCGUGCAGCUAAAUUCUUUUUCAGGUGUUAGGAGAGAAAUCGGCUCAGCCCUAUUCCCAGGGGGGGGGGGGUUCUGACUCAAAUCAGGAGAGAAUGCUACCGAGAGCAGCUCAGCUACUGUCUGAAGAAGUGAUUAUUGUUAUUAUUUUCAAAGCCCCCCCCCCCACAUUCUGAGAUACUUUCUAACCCAAGGAAAAUUGAUUAAAUCUUUAGGGCGGCAUCGUCGCCUGACCUCCCCAAAUGCUGAAACGAGCCUGGUCUGAACAUUUGGGCCCGGCACCGCUUUUCAUAUGAGUAGAUCGCACAGUGUUUUUUUCUUCUCUGCUGCAACGUAAAACUGAAAAAAACUGAAAAGGCUUUCACCCUGCAAGGAGUUGCUGAUGUUUUCAAUUGCCCUUUUCAAAACCUUUUCCAACUCUACAGUAUUCCUUUGGGAGUGAGGCAAACAGAGCUGUCAUUCCAAAGUGGGGUUGUGCCAUAGAUUUUGUGUAAUGGGCAUUAUGAGUAUUGGGGGUUUUGAAUUUUUUUUUUUUGGGGGGGGGAAGAUCCAUGAUCAUCAUCCAGCUACAGAGUCAUGUUUGUGCAUAAGUGGCGGUCCUCAGCCCCCAAGGGAGUCUCUAGGGAAGGAGGUGCUUUUCGGGGAUAUGGGCGUAAACCACUCGCUAUUUCAAAGGGUAAUCUGAGCACCUUGAAUCAGGACCCCGAAACAAACUGGCUGUUGCGCGAUUUACACCACCAGCCCCACCGAAUAAUCUGUACUUUGGACCAGGAGAAGUUUCCGUUUCCAGGGCAGCCCCACGCAGAGCCCAUGGCAACUGAGCAGGGCAGGGCCUUAAUGGGGCCAAUCGCCUCUGUCCAAAAGCGGCUGAGGCUGGAAAGGGGCCCCUCCCGGACCCCCAGAGAUCAUCCAUCAGGUGCAUCUCCAUCAUCUCUCCCCUCUGCGCCAUGGGGAGCCCCCCACUCCGUCUGGGUGGGGGCCAGGAGGGCGGCGUUGCUUGGGAGGGGGGCGCCCAUCCCCACCCAGGAAAUCGGGGGCGGGGGCUGCAGCAGCCCCCUCGGAAGGAGCCUCUCCCGGCGCCCCCCGCCAGGCAGGCCCGGGGACCUGGGGGCGGAGAGUUGGGUGCCGCUCUCGCCGCUCCCCCCGCCCUCUCCAGACCCCGCCCCCCGCCCUCGCCGGCGCGGGGGCUGCCGGGAGUUGUAGUCUUCUCCCCGCCCACAACAAAGGCAGGCAGAGCCCGAGGGGCACCAGCCGGAGUGCCGGGCGCGCGCGGAGGGGCCGGGCAGAGCCAGCUGCUCCCUGUCCUCCCCCCGCGCCCCCUCGGCGGGGAGGCCGCCCCCCACGCCGCCUCCUCUGCAGGCCAGGUAAGCCCCCCCCUUGCAAUAAAAGCCCCUUGCGAAACUCAGCAGGGGGGCAUGCGAGCCGCGCGCCCCUCUCCGGGCCAAGGGGGCGCAGGAGCGCGGCUGCCCUUCGAGGGGGCGGCCCUGCUGCGGCCCCAUGGGAUUGCGCUCCCCCUCCGAUCCUGCAGGAUCGGGCCCAAGGGGGCGCAGCCUCUUCUGUCUCCGCCGCCCGCCCCGUCGGGCGAUGCCCGCCUCGCCCGCUCCAGGAGGUCCCCCCCCCCAAAAAAAACCUCUUUGGGUUCAGGGCUGGUCUGACUCAGCUCGGCCCCGAUUUCCUGCCCAUAUAGCACAUUGGGGGGGGGGGGUGAUUUGGCACCUGAGGACGAGAGGGCUGCUGGGCAUGUGCCGAGUGCCACUCACGCACUCCUGGGAAGCCUCCACCCAACUUCGACUGGACUUAGCCGUCCAGGGGGUCCUUUCCCUUUCCCUUUUUAUGUGUGGGGUGCAGCACGAGUGACUUGGAGGGUGAAAUUGCCUUGCUUGGGUGGGGAGUUCAAUUUGCAGAAAUCGAAAGGGAUGGACCUAAAUAGACAUGCCCUAAACGGAGUAAGACUAGCAGAGGGCAGGAGGUCAAGAUGCUAGUGGGCAGCCAGCUGCCUAUGAUGGGAAGCCCAGAAACAGGUCCCAAGGAAAACAAUAUUUUCCUAUUGUACCCUGUUAGCUGGUUAUUCAGGGGUAGACUGCCCCUGGGCAUGGAGGUUCUGCCACCACAGUAGAGCUUGCAUAUGGAGAGCCUUGAAGCUGGAUCAGGCCAAAGGGGGACCCAUAGAACCCAGCCUCCUGUUCUCACAGCACCCAACCGGAUGCAGGAUCCGAAUACAAAUCCAACUCUCCCCUCCUGUGGUUAUCCAGCAUUCAUAACCACUGCCAGCUGAAGUUUGGUGAGGUCAGGCCCACUUGCCAGGACGCUCCUGGGCGCCCCACACCUCUCCAGAGUUCCCCCGUUGGUUGUGGGGCCGCAGCACGCUGCCUUGGGAGGUCAGAGGCCUGGAUGGGGCAAAGGGUCUCUGCCUCGGUUUCCCUGCAUAACAGCAGGCGGGUUGGGAAAGGGAGGCGAGGGCCGGGCUGUUCUCGAAAGUGCGGAGGCUGCCUGGAGGCAGGGAAUAAGUGGAGGUGGAGGUGGAGCGAGAGAGAUUUUGUGGGGAGAUGGCUCUCAGUUGUGGCUUGAAGGACUGACAUGGAGGAGUCUCUUGCUAGCAGGAGGCAGGGAUGGCUUUGAAAGAGGAUUGGACAACGUCAGGAGGAGGUGAGUCUCUGUGGCUCCCAGACACAAUGGCUCUGCAAGGCAACAGGGCUUCUGAAUGCCCAGAAUACUCUUGUGCUUGGAUCCUGCUAGCAGGUUUCCCAUUUGGAGGACUCCCUGGUCCUGGAUGGGGUAACUGUGCCUCUGAAGGUCCAGGUGUGCAGCCUGGGAGUCAUUCUGGACUCACAGCUGUCCAUGAAGGCGCAGGUCAAUUCUGUGUCCAGGGCAGCUGUCUCCCAGCUCCAUCUGGUACGCAGGAUGAGGCCCUCCCUGCCCGUGGACUGCCUCGCCAGAGUGGCGCAUGCUCUAGUUAUCUCCCGCUUGGACUACUGCAAUGCGCCCUACGUGGGGCUACCUUUGAAGGUGACCCGGAAACUACAACUAAUCCAGAAUGCGGCAGCUAGACUGGUGACUGGGAGCAGCCGCCAAGACCAUAUAACACCGGUCUUGAAAGACCUACAUUGGCUCCCAGUACGUUUCCGAGCACAAUUCCAUGUGUUGGUGCUGAUCUUUAAAGCCCCAAAUGGCCUCGGGCCAGUAGACCUGAUGGAGCAUCUCCACCUCCAUCGUUCAGUCUGGACACCGAGGUCCCUGUGAGAAGUGAAGCUACAGGGAACCAGGCAGAGGGCCUUCUCGGUAGUGGCACCCGCCCUGUGGAACGCCCUCCCAUCAGAUGUCAAGGAAAUAAAGAACUAUCUGACUUUUAGAAGACAUCUGAAGGCAGCCCAGUUUAGGGAAGUUUUUAAUGUGUGACAUUUUAAUGUAUUUUUAAUCUUUGUUGGAAGCCGCUCAGAGUGGCUGGGGAAACUCAGCCAGAUGGGCGGGGUGCAAAUAAUAUAUUGUUGUUGUUGUUGUUGUUGUUGUUGUUAUUUGGGCAUCUGGUCAGCCACUGAGAGAACAGGAUGAUGGGUUCACUGGGCCUGAUUCAGCAGAUGCUUGUCUUAUGAUUUCGAAAACUUAGCACAGAGGAUUGCAAUCCUUUUGCAAAUGAAGCAGUUACAAUAACAAUAAUAAAAAAGCUACUUUUCUCUAAUUCUAUAAUUCUCCUCUUCCUUAUAAUGUGGCUGGCCAAACUUAGUCCUAAAGAGUUGGGAGGGGCCCAAGGCUCACCUAGUCCAACGUUUUUAUUUUGUAUUUUUAUGACGUGAACUGCCCUCAGAUCUUCAGAUGAAGGGUAGUGUACAAAUCAAACAAAUAAAUUUGCUUCCCCGUUUCCCAAAUUGCAGGCAAUAGCAGGCCUGAUGUAUAAUUCCUUCCUCUUUCUGUUUCUCCUCAUUGCAGGGAUGGAGCUCUGCGCAUGUUCACUGAAGCCACAGCAGGCAACGUGGUGAUGGGAGCAACAAGGGCCCCCGUGAUGUGGUCCAGAGAGCGCUGGGCGGGCACCCCCACAUCGUGUGGGGCUUAG